GGUCCGUUCCCAGGGUUCAGCGAGAGCUGUUUGCCCCACCCCACCUCUUCAGUGCUGGCUAUCCUCACUGCCCUGGUCCUGGAGGAAAAAAAAGAGGGGAGAAUAGCGUAGAAAAUACAGCCUUUUCGCCGAGCUCGCACAUCAGCCCGUUCGCCGAGGGACUUCCACGGCAGGAGUGGAGGAAUGUGACGAACGCCGUUCUGUUCGCCAGUCUUCGUGCACGUGCGCGAACGUAGCUACUUCGAAUCCCUGAAAGAACACAAAGCUGAGGCUGUCAGUGGACGAGCCAGUUAGCUGUAAGAAUAUGGAGGAAAGCCGAAAGAUUCGUGUCGUUUUGCCAUUUUAGCGCAUUAGGAUCACAACGAGCGCUGCUUUUGGGCUAUUAGGGACUCGGCUGAGAAGGCUUUCCGACGCGAAAGGACGUACAUGUAUUGAAUCUGAAGAGAAGCCCGAGAAGGCCCCUUGGAUUGGGGGAAAAUCAGCAUAGAGCAGCAGCCAUCGCAGAAACGGCGAAAGGAAGAAAAAAUUGAAUUAUUUCCCCAGCACCGAACGACAUACACGGAGCCUUAGUGCAAAAUACGCGAUCCUUUUAUGGAAUUCCGGCUUUUUUGAGAGGGAAUGAACAGCAGGAGAAGGAUACGCAUGCAGUUCGUGUAGUUUAAAUAAUUUUCGCUUGUCUGGCUAGCUAGCUAGGCUAGGCUAGGCUAGGGCCGCCUCUGCGUGGAACGGGGCUGCGACUAGGAAACGAGGAGAGAGAAACACGGCCUUGUCGGUGUUGAAAUGUUAAGAAAUAAACAGGACCCGUCUCCGUCUCACUCCGCAGUGCACAAGAAAUCAAAACGAGCUAUUCUUUCAGUUGGAUGCUCCAGUACGUAGGGCGAAUCCUCUUCGUGACAUGAAAUUAUCCUUCGUUGUUCGCUAUUGGAAAGUUGAGGGUGGAGGCCUCGAGUGAUCAAUGUAUGGAUGGAUAAUAACCUUCAUCUUUGUCUAGGACAUAAACUUUAGCUUGUAAAAAGCGGAGACCUAUCCAAACAUUUGAGAGGGAUCGUCGUUAUAAAAAAAAGUAGGCUACUGUCCCCUUUCACCCAGAGCUAUGAAAAACGCGCAUAAUGAACUUAUUAGUUACACAGCAAUGUCAUCGCUGAAAUAACAGCGGAGGUAGGCUAUAUGUUACAUUGGGACGACUGUGGAAGAUGUAUAGCCUACAUGUCGCCGACAGUUCGAACCAUUUCGUGGAUCAGACGGAUCUAGAAUAGCUCGUUUUAUCUAUUUAUUUUUUUUUUUUCGAUAUCCCCUCUCCCCUGGACCUUUCUUUCGCGGGAAGAUGGGCUGCUUGGGGAAUAGUAAGACCGAAGAUCAGCGGAAUGAAGAGAAGGCGCAAAGAGAAGCGAACAAGAAAAUUGAGAAACAACUUCAGAAAGACAAGCAGAUCUACAGAGCCACGCACAGGCUGCUACUUUUAGGUGCAGGAGAGUCUGGAAAGAGCACUAUUGUCAAGCAGAUGCGGAUCUUGCAUGUUAACGGCUUCAAUGCUGAAGAGAAGAAACAGAAGAUUCAAGACAUCAAGAACAAUAUAAAAGAGGCCAUAGAGACCAUCGUGACAGCUAUGAAUACUCUGACUCCGCCCGUCCAGCUUGCCUGUCCAGAAAACCAACGACGAAUUGAGUACAUUCUCAACUUAUCCAGUCAGAAGGACUUUGAGUUCACAUCUGAGUUCUAUGAGCAUACAAAGACUCUAUGGCAGGACGAUGGAGUGAAGGCCUGUUAUGAGCGCUCCAAUGAGUAUCAGCUGAUUGACUGCGCACAGUACUUUUUAGAUAAAAUAGACAUCGUUCAGCAGGGUGACUACACACCAUCUGACCAGGACCUGCUCAGAUGCAGAGUUCUCACUUCUGGUAUAUUUGAAACAAGAUUCCAGGUGGAUAAAGUGAAUUUCCAUAUGUUUGAUGUAGGUGGCCAGAGAGAUGAGCGGCGGAAGUGGAUUCAGUGUUUUAAUGAUGUAACUGCCAUCAUCUUUGUGGUGGCCAGCAGUAGCUAUAAUAUGGUCAUCCGAGAAGACAAUCAAACCAACCGCUUACAGGAAGCACUUAAUCUCUUCAAAAACAUCUGGAACAACAGAUGGUUGCGAACUAUCUCUGUAAUUCUCUUCCUGAAUAAGCAGGACCUCUUAGCUGAGAAGGUCAUGGCAGGAAAGUCGAAAAUUGAGGAAUAUUUUCCAGAGUUUGCUCGUUACACCACACCGGAUGAUGCAUCCCCUGAGACAGGAGAGGAUCCACGAGUCACAAGGGCGAAAUACUUUAUCCGGGAUGAAUUCCUGAGGAUCAGCACAGCGAGUGGAGACGGCCGGCACUACUGUUACCCACACUUCACCUGUGCAGUAGACACGGAGAAUAUCCGCCGCGUCUUCAACGACUGUCGAGACAUCAUCCAGAGGAUGCACCUCCGCCAGUACGAGCUUUUGUGAUUGGAGGAUCUUCUUGAGCGACAGACUUUAAAAGCCCUUGUGAUUGAAGGAGGUUGCGAGUGAUGGAUUGCCUAAGAGCUGAUGGUCUAAAGGGAGAGGACGUGACUCACUCUCACUACCUGCUGACCUGCUCUUAUGCUGGGCCCCUUAUACAUACAUACAUACAUACAUACAUAUACACACACACACAAACAUACACUGUUGCCCAGGAGAACCAUGCUGUCAGGGGACCAAAAAAAUAAAUGAAAAAAAUAAUAAUAAUAAGAUGCAGCAUCCAUUUGACGCAGCAGCCCCAUUUCAAGACAAUUGACUGCACGCAUACGGACUUUGAGACUAAUUUAAUUCAUACGAUCAUUUGCACAAGUAGAUGCAACACAGACAUAGCCACAAUAGCGCUACCUGACAUAAAAGAAAAAAAGUUAUACACCUGCAAAAACAUAGCUCACAUUUCUCUCGUUUUUACUUCUCGUAUUAGCUCGCCCGCCGAUCAGGGCGCGUGCCAAAUUGCAUACGCGCACAUAUGUGGCUAAACCCCCCGGCAGUACUGUUGACGGCUGAUUUGUGACGACCCUACCCUGGUCCUGUAUCACAUGACUGUGCCUGGCUGUUUCCGAUUGGCUGGAUUGCCUCUGAUUGGCUUCUGUGUUCGCCUCCUCUCUUGCAGAGACUGAUGAUUGCUCGCAGAAUUGUGAGAGAGCAGGACAGACUGCAGAAAAUAAGAAGGACAAUUGAGAAAUGUCUGACUUUGUCACGUGAGACUUGUGUUUAGGUGCUUUCGGAAAGAUGAACUCAAAACGUCGGAACGAUCACAGCUCUCCACUCCGCGUCCCCACUCCCCUCUUUGAUCAUCUAAUUUAAUGCAAAUAAUUUGAUUGACAGCACUCUUGCCUCUGGAUAAAAAAAAAAUAUCUAGUAAAAGAGGGAAAGAAGACUUUUGCCAAUGGAACACUGCUCCCUUCUGCCAUAUUUCUUUUUGGUCCCUCUUUUUCAUCUUCCUAGCCCUUCUUUUCCAGCCCUUGUCUCUCUGUCUCUCUCUCUCUCACUCUUUCUCUCUCCACCCCCUUCUUCUCUUUUUUCCCUGUAUCCCUCUAGCUCUCUUGCUCUCUGUAUCCCUCUAUCUCUCCUGCCCUCCUUCCCCUCUCUCACACUCUCGCUCUCUUUCUCUCUGUAUCUCUCUUGCUCUCUGUAUUCUUCUAUCUGUCUCUGUGUCUCUCUAUUUUACUGCUGGACUAUUAUUCUUGUACAGACUGUAAAAUGUAUUAUUUUGUACUUUAUUGAAAAAAAACUUGUAGAAGAUCCCUGUGCCUUGAUCACAUCACUGCGUGUAUAAAAAAAAGAAACGAAAAAAAAAACAAAAAAAGAACAAAAAAAGAGCUAAAGGCGUAAGGUAUGUCUCUGCGCUGUAUCGCUUGGCCUCUUAGCCACCCUUCCCAUGGGGAAUCAGUUGACCACCCUGAGCCUGUCUUUCUCUAUCACUUUCUCUCUCUUUGUCUCUCUCUCUCUCUCUGUCACUCUCUCUUUCCCCCCAUGUCGCUGCUCCUCUCAUGUUGUGUUACAACUUGUUUUACAUCCAUAUUCCCCCAAAAGAGAGAAAUAAUUAGAACAAAUAUGGAUGUAUAAACAAACUUUUGAUUUUUUCAGCUUUAAUAGAAUCAAAGAAACGUCACCCAUUUGUGCACUUCAUGUUACUGUGCAUUACUGCAACUGCAAUCCUGUUCCCGGGGUGGGGGUGGGGAGGGGCAGGGAAUUUCCUUACUGUUUUAUUUCAGUUUUAGCUUUAAGGUUAAAGGGGAUGGGGUAGAGGUUGUCCAAAUGCAAAACCUGGCUUGUUUCUACAUUAAUUUCAUUUUUUCCUAACUAAAGAAGAAACAAAAAUAA